GUUGAUCUGUAUGUUUGCUUAUUCUGUGGCAGAGGAAAUAAUGAGGACAAACUGCUACUGUGCGAUGGAUGUGAUGACAGUUAUCACACUUUUUGCUUGAUUCCUCCUUUACCUGAUGUACCCAAGGGUGACUGGAGGUGUCCCAAGUGCGUUGCUGAGGAAUGCAACAAACCCCGUGAGGCCUUUGGAUUUGAACAAGCUGUCAGGGAAUAUACUCUCCAGAGCUUUGGUGAAAUGGCCGAUAACUUCAAGUCUGAUUAUUUCAACAUGCCGGUCCACAUGGUUCCCACUGAGCUCGUAGAAAAAGAAUUCUGGCGGUUGGUGAGCAGCAUAGAAGAAGAUGUCAUUGUGGAAUAUGGGGCUGAUAUCUCAUCCAAGGACUUCGGAAGCGGCUUCCCAGUGAAGGACGGCCGACGAAAACUGAUGCCAGAGGAGGAGGAUUAUGCACUUUCUGGUUGGAACUUGAAUAACAUGCCAAUUCUGGAACAAUCAGUCCUUGCUCACAUCAAUGCAGAUAUCUCUGGCAUGAAGGUACCUUGGCUGUAUGUAGGGAUGUGCUUCUCCUCAUUUUGCUGGCAUAUAGAAGAUCAUUGGAGCUAUUCCAUCAACUACCUGCAUUGGGGAGAGCCGAAGACAUGGUAUGGUGUGCCCUCUCAUGCAGCAGAGCAGCUAGAGGAUGUGAUGAAGGAAUUGGCUCCUGAGCUCUUUGAAUCCCAGCCUGAUCUCCUGCAUCAGCUGGUGACUAUUAUGAACCCCAAUGUGCUGAUGGAACACGGUGUACCAGUAUACAGGACCAAUCAGUGUGCUGGCGAGUUUGUUGUGACCUUUCCUCGUGCCUAUCACUCUGGAUUUAACCAGGGAUAUAACUUUGCUGAAGCUGUGAACUUUUGCACUGCUGACUGGCUUCCCAUCGGACGUCAGUGUGUGAGUCAUUACCGAAGGCUAGGACGUCAUUGUGUUUUCUCUCACGAAGAGCUGAUCUUCAAGAUGGCGGCAGAUCCAGAGUGCUUGGAUGUUGGGCUGGCUGCCAUGGUCUGCAAGGAGAUGACUCUCAUGAUAGAGGAGGAGACACGGUUAAGGGAGUCUGUUGUACAGAUGGGAGUAUUGAUGUCUGAAGAAGAGGUGUUUGAACUGGUUCCAGAUGAUGAGCGUCAGUGCACAGCUUGCAGAACCACAUGCUUCUUGUCAGCUCUUACAUGUUCCUGUAAUCCUGAGCGUCUGGUAUGCUUAUACCAUCCAUCUGAUUUAUGUCCAUGUCCCAUGCAGAAGAAGUGUCUAAGGUACCGGUACCCCCUAGAAGACCUUCCUUCUUUGCUGUACGGAGUGAAAGUUAGAGCACAGUCUUAUGACACGUGGGUCAGUAGAGUUACAGAGGCUCUGUCUGCCAAUCUCAACCACAAGAAAGAUGUGAUUGAGCUGAGAGUAAUGUUGGAGGAUGCUGAAGACAGGAAAUACCCGGAGAACGAUCUUUUCCGCAGGCUCAGAGAUGCUGUGAAAGAAGCAGAGACCUGUGCUUCAGUAGCACAGCUGCUUCUGAGCAAAAAGCAAAAACACAGCAGACAGAGCCAAGAUAGUGGAAGGACACGGACCAAGCUGACUAUGGAGGAGCUGAAAGCAUUUGUACAGCAGUUGUUCAGCCUGCCCUGUGUUAUCAGCCAGGCCCGACAAGUAAAGAAUCUGCUCGAUGAUGUGGAAGAAUUUCAUGAGCGUGCUCAAGAAGCUAUGAUGGAUGAAAUCCCAGACUCUUCCAAGCUACAGGAAUUGAUAGACAUGGGCUCUGGUCUUUAUGUAGAACUUCCUGAACUUCCAAGGCUGAAGCAAGAACUGCAGCAGGCACGGUGGCUGGAUGAGGUGAGGUCCACCCUCUUGGAUCCCCAGAGGGUCACCCUAGAUGUGAUGAAGAAGCUGAUUGACUCGGGUGUGGGCUUGGCACCACACCAUGCUGUAGAGAAAGCCAUGGCUGAGCUGCAGGAGCUUCUUACAGUCUCGGAGAGGUGGGAAGAGAAGGCCAAGGUCUGCUUACAGGCCAGACCACGCCAAAGUAUGAUGGCUUUGGAGGGCAUCGUGAAUGAAGCAAAGAACAUCCCAGCUUACCUGCCCAAUGUGCUGGCACUGAAAGAAGCCCUGCAGCGGGCUAGAGACUGGAUUGCCAAAGUGGAGGCCAUUCAGAACGGGAGCAACUAUGCCUACCUGGAGCAACUGGAGAGCUUGUCUGCCAAAGGCCGCCCAAUACCAGUGCGUCUUGAUGCCCUGCCACAGCUGGAGUCACAGGUAGCUGCAGCACGUGCCUGGAGAGAGCGCACAGGAAGGACCUUCCUGAAGAAGAACUCGAGCUACAGUCUGUUACAGGUUCUGAGCCCUCGAACUGAUAUUGGUGUUUAUGGGAGCAGUAAGAAUAGGCGGAAGAGGGCAAAAGAGUUGAUGGAGAAGGAAAAGGAGAAAGAUCUGGACCUGGAAUCCCUGAGUGAACUGGAGGAUGGUCUGGAGGAGGCCAGAGACACUGCAGCUGUGGUGGCUAUAUUCAAGGAGCGGGAACAGAAGGAGAUUGAAGCCAUGCAUGCUCUCAGGGCAGCUAACCUGGCCAAGAUGACUAUGGUGGAUCGGAUUGAAGAAGUCAAAUUCUGCAUCUGCCGCAAAACGGCUAGUGGAUUCAUGCUACAGUGUGAGCUGUGCAAAGACUGGUUUCAUAGUGGCUGCGUGCCCCUUCCCAAAACAAGUUCUCAGAAGAAGGGCUCUAGUUGGCAGGCCAAAGAAGUGAAGUUUCUGUGUCCACUUUGCAUGCGUUCUCGAAGGCCACGGCUUGAGACAAUACUGUCUCUGCUGGUGUCCCUGCAGAAGCUGCCUGUACGACUGCCAGAAGGGGAGGCAUUGCAGUGUUUGACAGAACGUGCCAUGAGUUGGCAGGACCGAGCACGGCAGGCUUUGGCCACCGAUGAGUUGUCCUCUGCUUUGGCUAAGCUUUCUGUGCUCAGCCAGCGCAUGGUGGAGCAGGCAGCACGGGAGAAAACGGAGAAAAUAAUCAGUGCAGAGCUACAGAAAGCAGCAGCUAACCCAGACCUGCAGGGACACUUGACUAGUUUCCAGCAAUCAGCCUUUAACAGGGUGAUAGGGAGUGUGUCCUCAUCCCCGCGGCAAACUUUGGAUUACGAUGAUGAAGAGACAGACUCUGAUGAAGACAUCAGGGAGACGUACGGCUACGACAUGAAG